AUUCCAUGCUUUGUUAUGUAUUUUGGUUGGCAGAAAGAUAAUGGCAAGCGGUCAGCAGGUACAACAAAUAUAGGUUUCAUCUACGGAGUACUACUACCUUUUUUUGCCAAUCUAGUCGCCCUAUUCUGAGAUGUCCGGUGAGGUUAUUCGCCAGUUGCAGCAUGGCAGUCAGCAUUCCUUUUUUAUGAAACAAGCACUAUUGAUGGGGGAAAAAGCUCUUGCCACCGGGGAAACCCCAGUGGGAUGUAUUCUGGUCUAUAAUAAUACAGUUGUUGGAUAUGGAAUGAAUGAUACCAACAGAUCAAUGAAUGGCACAAGACACGCGGAGUUUAUUGCUAUUGAGGAAAUGCUUCAGAAUUAUCCUAGGUCGGCACUUCGUAAAACAGACCUUUAUGUCACUGUUGAACCUUGUGUUAUGUGUGCCUCUGCUUUAAGGCAGUAUCAGAUACAGACAGUAUAUUAUGGAUGUGGAAAUGAUAGGUUUGGUGGUACCGGCAGCAUCCUAUCGCUCCAUUCUGACUCCUCGAUAGAUCCACCAUACCCUGUACAUGGUGGAUUAUUCCAUAAAGAGGCCAUAAUGCUACUUCGUCGUUUCUAUAUACAGGAGAAUGAGAAGGCACCCAAGCCUCGUCCCAAAAAGCAUCGCGAACUAAAAACAAACUUUGACAAUUCCCACUCACCUAUACUGUACGUUAAAUAGGGAAAAGUUAGGUACUGAUGAUUACUCAUCCCAUAUCAGAAAGGGAUCAUCUGGUUACACUUGAUACUGUCCAAGACGAGACAGGGAGGGGGGAUAAAACCAUACAGAAACCUAAGGAUGAUACAUGAAUUCCAUGUUGCCUUAGAACAUGGAUAUACAAGAUUUUGCAACAACCUAUCAAAUAUUAACUGGUCAACUCUUUUCACCUCUCCAUGCCAGUAAAGACUUCGAGAAUCUGGACCUAUUUCA